AUGUCUGCUAGUGUGAUUGACCCCUCCAAAUGGAAGCAUCUUCCACCACCUCCAGGCUUUGGUGCCUCAUCUUCAACCGUAUGUCACCGAACCCCCACUAAGACGUCCAAGGCAGCGACAGCCUCGUAUGAGGAGUUGAAGACUAAGCGUGCAUGGGACUUUGCUAUAGCCCCCGCAAAAUCUCUCCCCAUGCAGGCGUUCAUGCUGUACAUGUCCGGGGGCGGCGUCCAAAUCUUCAGCAUGGGUAUCGUGUUCAUGCUGCUGAGUAGCCCAUUCAAGAAUUUAGCAGGGAUCAAUACUGCCUUUGCACCCUUCGCGCCCGGCUCCGCACCCCCGAAAGCGUUCUCCACGCUAGUUUUGCAGAAGAUUGUUUAUUUCUUAUGCAAUAUACUAACACUCGCGUUGGGGCUGUGGAAGUGUCGAUCAAUGGGCCUUCUACCUACUGGGACGGGUGAUUGGCUAGCAUUCGAGACAAGAGGACCGUCUCCAGAAAUUUCACUGCUAUGA